AUGGCCACCAAUAGCAUCAAAUUGCUGACCGGCAAUAGCCAUCCUCAGCUUGCAAAUCUUGUGGCCAGCAGACUUGGAAUUGAGCUCACCAAGAUUUUGGUACUCCAAUAUUCGAACCAGGAGACGUCUGUGACCAUCGGCGAAUCCGUGAGAGACGAAGAUGUCUUCAUCAUACAAUCGACGCCUCCGGGUGAUAUCAACGAUGCUCUGAUGGAGCUCCUCAUCAUGAUCAAUGCAUGCAAGACGGCCUCUGCACGCCGCAUCACCGCCGUGCUACCCAACUUUCCAUAUGCGCGACAGGAUAAGAAGGACAAGUCGCGAGCGCCCAUCACGGCGAAGCUCAUGGCGAAUAUGUUGCAAACGGCCGGCUGUAACCAUGUCAUCACGAUGGAUCUGCACGCUAGUCAGAUCCAAGGCUUCUUCAACGUUCCGGUGGACAAUCUAUAUGCGGAGCCUAGUACUCUCAGGUGGAUCAAGGACAAUCUGAACGUCAAGGAGUGUAUCAUCGUCAGUCCGGAUGCUGGCGGUGCGAAAAGGGCAACAUCGAUAGCAGACGGCCUUGAUCUUCCAUUUGCUCUAAUCCACAAGGAACGUGCGCGACCGAACGAAGUCUCCAAGAUGGUCCUUGUCGGAGACGUUAGCGAUCGUACUGCGAUUAUUGUCGACGAUAUGGCCGACACCUGCGGAACGCUGGCGAAAGCCGCGGACGUUGUCAUCCAGCAUGGUGCUAAGGAUGUCAUUGCUAUCGUCACGCACGGUAUUCUUAGCGGAAACGCUAUUAACGCGCUCAACGGAAGCAAGUUAAAGAAGAUCGUCGUUACCAAUACGGUUCCCCACGAGGAGAAGAAGGAGCUCUGCGAUCGCAUUGAGACGAUCGAUAUUAGUCCAACUCUUGCGGAAGCGUGCAGGCGUACGCACAACGGCGAGAGUGUAUCUUUCCUGUUCAAGCACGCACCCGUUGAUUGA